ACCCAAUAACAAUUUUAUCCGACCCGACCCGGCCCGGAACGAUUCAAUUCGACCCGUGUUUUGGUGAUGCCAUGCCACCAUCAUGUUCAAAUGGUCAAACCCUAAUUAAAUUUGUUAGGGCAAGAAAGAACGUAAAAAACAAACAUUUUCAUCUUCUCCCACAAGGCACACAUGGUGCCAUAAACCUUUCUCUUGCGUUGAUCUUGUAUUUUGCUUUCUGUAACAUGAUGAGUCGUCGUGAAGGCCUAUACGAGGCUGAUGACGAUGAUAAUGAUGAUGAUGAAGAUAUCAGUGAAGAUCUCGAAGAGUUAAGUCGCGCUUGUAUCGUCUCCGAUGACAAAGGAUUGCCGUCGGAUUCGGAGAACGAGGAUUUGGAGAUGAUUCGGAGCAUAACGAGCCAAUUAGCUCCCACGGGUUUAUCAGUGCCCUCGGAGGAUUUGGAGAGUGAAGACGAAGACUUCGAGAUGAUUCGGAGCAUUGAGAGAGAUUUGGCAUUGUCUAUGGACGAAGAUGGUGCAUCUGAAACCCUUCGCGUUUUUCUUAAGCGAUUCUCUGCUUAUGCAAAGUCCGAUCCAGAAGGAACUUUCAUGAAUGAUUCAAUCAGGAAGAAUAAAAAGCAGGUACAUGCCUUGGACAAUGAACCUUCAACCGAAAUAUUGAGUAGAUCUAAUACUUGUGAAAGCUUUCCAGAUCACGGGAAAUCCGUCGUCACAGUGUCAGAUUCAGAUACUUCCGGUGACCAUUUGGAAACAUGUCAAUCUGAAAGUUCAAGUUUCCCUGAAGCUGCAAAAGCCUUUGUUAAUGCAAUACAGAAGAACAGGUCAUAUCAGAGCCUUCUUCGAAGAAAAUUGAGUGAAAUCGAAGCCACGAUUGAGCAGAACGAGAAACACAAGAAAAAUGUUAAGAUAGUUAAAGAUUUUGAAGCUUCCUGCAAGAGAAUUACUAAACAGGCCCUUUCUCAGAUGAAAGAUCCUCGUGUCGAAUUGAUCUCGGCACGAAAGUCUGAGCCUGCUUCUGAUAGCACCGAGGAUAAUGAUAAAAAGACAUCUCCUUUGAUGUUAGGUCCACUGGAAAACGCUUGUGUUGCAAAUUAUAGGAUGGCACUAGAGAAAUAUCCAGUUUCAGUGGACCGCAGAAGUUGGACUUCUAAGGAGAAGGAGAGUCUUGCAAAAGGUCUAAAACAACAAGUUCAAAACGCACUCAUUCAUGAAGCUUUUGAACGGUCCAGUGACUUGGAAGGAUCUGCAGAUGAUGUAAACACCAUUCUUGAAGGGAUAAAAAAUCUUGAGAUCACACCAGAAAUGAUUAGGCAGUAUCUUCCCAAAGUUAAUUGGGAUCAGUUGGAUAUCAAGAACCGAUCUGGGGCAGAAUGUGAAGCCCAGUGGAUGAGCUCGGAAGAUCCAUUGAUUAACAAUGGUCCAUGGACUGUAGCAGAGGAUAAUUACUUACGAUUAAUUACUCAAAACAAAGGUUUUACAGACUGGCUUGACAUUGCAGUAUCGCUAGGAACAAAUAGGACCCCAUUUCAUUGUUUGGCUCGAUAUCAGAGGAGCUUGAAUCCAUAUGUAUUGAGAAAAGAAUGGACUGCAGAAGAAGAUGACCAACUCCGUGCCGCCGUAGACUUGUUUGGCGAGACAGAUUGGCAGUCGGUUGCAAAUGUAUUACAUGGAAGAACUGGACCUCAGUGCUCUAAUAGAUGGAAAAAGUCCCUUCACCCUAGCAGAACAAAGAAACAAAAGUGGAGCUCAGAGGAAGACAAACGUUUGAAAGUAGCUGUGACACUCUUUGGAACUAAAAAUUGGUCUAAAAUUGCUCAGUUUGUUCCUGGACGGACGGGUACUCAGUGUCUAGAGAGAUGGGGAAAUUCUCUAGAUCCCAAACUUAAAUUUGGGAAGUGGACCAAGGAAGAAGAUGCAAAAUUGAGAGAAGCAAUGAAAGAAUAUGGACAUUGUUGGUCCAAAGUUGCUUCAUAUAUGUCUGGUCGCACCGACAGUCAGUGCGCCAAGAGAUGGAAGAGCUUAUAUCCUCACCUAGCACAUCUUAGACAAGAAGCUAGAAGGUUACAAAGAGAAACUACUAUCGGAAAUUUUGUUGACCGGGAAUCAGAGCGUCCUGAUCUUGUCGUAGGUGAUUUUUUGGCACUAGCCGAGGAAUCUCUUGAGCCAGAACCCACCCUGAAGAAGAAACGCAGAGCAAGACAGAAGAAGAGGGCAGAUGCAGAAUGUGAGAGUGAAGCAGUUUGUGCUCAUACAGAGAGGCAGCCAAAGAGACGGAGAAAAGUAUCAGAGAUAUGCUCAAGAGAUGUGUGUAGACAAGAAAAUGAGAAUGAAGACAAUGUAAUGGAGAAGAAACAAAGAGGAAAACGCAUUAGUGUUGCAGAAACAUCCAAUAAUAGCUCUGAGACCACCCACUGCCCUCAAGUCAAUAUUGGUAUCCAGAAGCUUAAGCCUAGAAGGAAAGUAUCUGCGUAAGCUUAAACGCAUAAGUGUUCGUGCCGAGAACGAAGAUGAACCAAGUCAGGUCAAUUUUUUUGUGUUCUUCAAAAUUUUGUAUUGUAUCUAUCUAAUCUUAACAAUUUUGUAGAUAAAAAGAAUAUUCUCUUAUCUCCAUGAUUCUAAGAACAGAGAAAUUAGUUCCAAUUAAGAAUGGAUAAAUGAAACUGAGGUAUUGAUAGAAAGAGUAAUAUUGAGUA